CGCUUCGGGGCGUCAGGGGCCGGGGAGACACGCCUGACGUCCCGGACGUUCCGGAGGAGCCGCUCGACCUCCUCCUGGGGUACCCCGGCUCUCCCCGGACAGGUUCCCGCCCAGCUUCUUGCAGCCCGCGGGCGUCCCCCUUCCCCCCCCAGGGACCAGGCGCGUCCCUAGAGCCCGCCGUGGCGCGGUUCUGUAGUUACUGGAUUACCUAUCCUGUCAGAGUCAACUCAGUUCCCUAAUGAAGUGAACGUGAUUUAUUUUAAAUAAUAGCAGUUAUUGACUCGCACUAUAUCCGCUUUCCGGUGCGUAUUUUUCAUCUUGUCGCCAUUUGGUUUGGAGCGCAAAUAUGAACUGUCCCCCAUCCUCAUGAGCGAGCAUCGGAGGAACACUGUAGAGAAAAUGCCCAUUGAAUACAAAAGGAGACCAACUUUUUUUGAAAUUUUUCAGGCGCGAUGCAGCACAGCAGAUUUAGGACCAAUAAGCCUCAACUGGUUUGAAGAACUUUCUUCAGAAGCCCCACCGUAUAAUUUUGAACCUUCAGAAGAAUAUGACUAUAAACCCCACAAUUAUGAACCACACCUGUUUAAAACACCACAGAGAAAGCCGCCUUACCAUCAGUUGGCUUCAACUCCAAUAAUAUUCAAAGAACAAGGUCAAACUCAACCACUAGACCAGUCGCCUUUCAACGAAUUAGGGAAGAUUCCUGCAAACAGUAAACAUAAAAAUCACCGCAGAACAAAGGCCAAAGUGGGCCCAGUGCUUGAUGUUGCCAGCCCGCCUCUGAGGUCUUGUCUCAGCGAAAGCCCUCUUCCUCUGCGACGCACACAAGUUGUACCACAAAGAGAAAAGCCAGUAUUAUAUGGAAGUUUAUUUUCUUCACCAAAAAUCGAGGAGGGUCAGACACCCAAACCCAUCUCUGAAAGUCUCGGAGUUGAGGUGGAUCCUGAUAUGUCUUGGUCAAGUUCGUUAGCUACACCUCCAACCCUUAGUUCCACUGUGCUCAUAGCCCGAAAUGAGGAAGCACGAGGAAUUGUGUAUCCUGAAGACUCUCCUGCUCAGAUUUUGAGAAGCUACUUUUCCAACCACAAUGAAAGUCUGAAAAAGAAUGAUAGAUCUCUUCCCUCUGUGACUGACAGUGAAAACAAAAGCCAGAGGCAAGCUUUUAGUCAUGGAUUGGAGAAAAUGUUAGGGGAUUCAUCUGGCAAAACAAACAGCUUCAAAGAUUGCCUUCAAAAGACAAUGCCAAGUGUUGUAGAAGAUUGGGAGACAACUGCAGAAACUUCUGAAGAAGAUAGUUUCUCGUUAUGUUUUCCUAAGCGGAGAAGCAGAAAUCUACCAAAAAUGAGAAUGGGCAAGAGCAGGAAGAAAAUUUUCAGUGACGUCAGAACUGAUGAGUUAAGUGAAGAAGCUAGUAGAUGGGCUGGUGAGAAACAUUCAUCUGAACUGGAUAUUAAACCAAGCUACAGUGAUCCCUUAGAUCCAGAUGUGACAAACCAGAAGCCCUGUAGCAGUGGAAAUGAGGAAAUCUGCAAGGAAGCUGUACAGUCUUCCAGCAGUGGGUGGUCUCAGCUAACCCUCUCUGGUCUGACUGGAACCCAGAUGGGAAAAACACCUCUCCUGUGUAUUUCUUCUAAUAACCAGAAUAAUUCAGAAAAAGACUUCAUAGAUACAAAGAAAGAAGGUAUUGACUCUAUUGCUUUAGAAAACUCUUUACCUCAUAUUUCUGUUCUUCCAGAACCAGAAAAGGUGAUCAGUGAGAAAACUCUGGGAAAUAGGGCACACGAAGGGCAGCAUCUUGACUCACACGAGGUCUUCAUUGCAGGGGAGCAAGCGGUGUCUGGAACUUGUCAAGCAGCCUGCCUGUUUCAGAGUGUCGGCAAGUCUGUGUUCAGAAUGAGAGAGCCACUUGAGGAGUGUCUGGGCACUGUGUUCUCAGAGAGUGAGACCAGCCUAGCCACCACAGAAGAACCUGGCGCCUCUGCCAGUGUGUUGGGAACCUGUGCUGUGUGCUCACAGACAGAAGAACCUGGCGCCACUGCCAGUGUGUUGGGAACCUGUGCUGUGUGCUCACAGACAGAGAAUUCAUUGUGUCCCGGUUCAGCUGACUCUGGAACCUGGCCAACAACUCUCACUCACACUUCUGCAACUGGGAAAACUGCAGGUUUAAUAUCCAGUCUAAAAAACAAAAGAAAAAAGUUUAUUUACUCCGUAAGUGAUGAUGCAUCUCAUCAAAGAACAGAAAUACUGGCAGUCAGAACGUCAGAGCUCACUAACCCUUCAGCGCAGUUUGAAGCAAGUGCUUUUGACGCACCAUUUAUAUUUACAUAUGGGAAUUCAGGUUUAUCAGAUUCUUCUGUCAUAAGAAGCUCCUUACAGAAUGAUCCUGAAGAGCCAUCUUUGUCCUUGGCCAACUCUUUUGUGACUGCUUCCAAUAAAGAAAGUAGUCACACUAAUGCAUUGAUAUCUCAAGAUCUAAAUGACAAAGAAGCAAUAGUCAGUGAAGAAAAACCAGGGCCACAUACAGCACUAGAACCUGAUUGUCUGUUGUGCUUGCCCGAAAAACAAUGUGAAAAUGAAGAUCAGAAGAGCCCCAAAGUUUCAAAUGGAAAAGAAAGAGUCUUAGUCUCAGCCUGUUGUCCUGCAGGACAGCAUGCACAGCAUGCGGCAGCAGUGCAGCCUGGCAGCACUAGCUUCGAAUUACAGGAAGACCCCAUCAGUGGCCAUAAGAGCACCAGUAUUCUUAAAGUAACUCCCAGCUCGACGAUGCCUCUGUCAAAGCCAGUUGUGGUUUCCAGAGGAAAAGUGUGUAAAAUGCCAGAGAAACUGCAGUGUGAGUGUUGUAAAGAUAAUACUGAAUUAAGCAAAAACAUUCCCUUGGAGAAAAAUAAAAUAUGCGUCCUAAGUGAAAGUUCUAAAACCUCUGAGUUUCUGCCACCUGGCAAAUAUGUGACCGAAGCGUCCCCCACAGGGAAGUCUCAGUUCCGUAAGAACACAAACCUAGCGGUCAUAAAAACGGACCAAGAAAAAAACGCUUUUAUCUCAGAAAUAUCAGUCAAUAUGAGUUCUGAAGAACUUUUCCCAGAAAAUGAGAAUAAUAUUGCCUUUCAAGUAACUCAUGAAAGUAAUAAGAUUGUUUUAGGAAGUACUGUGGAACUGCAGGAAGAAGACCUCAGCCAUGCAAACGGGCCUGAUCUCCAGACCUCUCCUACAGCAACAGCAGUAGAUGAAGACAUAGGUGAUGAGCAAGCAGCCCAUGCGUUGAUAACAAAAGACUCAGAUUCCUCGGCAUGUACAAAGAAGAGUAGAAGUGCCAUAGAGCAGCAUCUGAAAGGAACUGCAGACAAAGAUUUAAAAUUGAAUUCCUCCCUGGAUGUGAGGUCAGAUGGGAACAAUGACUAUACAGACAAAUGUUCAUGGUUUUUGGAUCCAGUCUUUAGCCAUAAUUUUGGAGGUAGCUUCAGAACAGCUUCCAAUAAAGAAAUAAAACUUUCAGAACAUAAUGUCAAGAAAAGCAAGAUAUUCUUCAAAGAUAUUGAAGAUCAGUAUCCUACUAGUUUAGCUUGUAUCAACAUUGUUAAUGCCUUACCAUUAGCAAACCAGAAGAGACUAAGUGAACCUUAUACAUUUGAUUUGCAGUCAGUUACUACCGUGUCUGCCCCUUCUCAGGGUCGGGCAUCUGUUUCUUGUGAAGAUACUCACACAUUACCUCAGGUGUUAUCUUCAAAGCAAGAUUUUCAUUCGAACCACAGUUUAACACCCAGCCAAAAGGCAGAAAUUACAGAGCUUUCUACUAUCUUGGAAGAAUCAGGAAGUCAGUUUGAAUUCACACAGUUCAGAAAGCCAAGCCGUGUAGCACAGAAUAAUGUCCCUGAUGUGCCUGGAAACCUGAUGGUUGCCAUAGGUACCACUUCUGAGGAGCGGAAAGAUGUUGAUCCUCAUCUCACAAUGGAUUCCUCCUCUGUUGGUCACACAGAUCACAGCAAGAAAUUUGAAGGUUCUGUUGGUGUUAAACAAAGCUCUUCUUGCCUGUUGAAAGGCAGUUGUAAUGAAAGUACAUCUUGUUUUUUAACAAAUAUAAAUGAAAUGAAGUUUGAAGGAUUUCGUUCAGCUCUUGGCACAAAGCUUAGUGUGUCCAGUGAGGCUCUACAAAAAGCUGUGAAACUGUUCAGUGACAUUGAAAAUAUCAGUGAGGAAACUUCUGCAAAAAUAGACCCAAGAGCUUUCUCUUCAAGUGCUGAUCAUGAUUCUGUUGCUUCGGUGUUUAAGAUAAAGAAACAAAACAGUGAUAAAAGUUUUGAUGAGAAAACUAGUAAGUGCCAAGUAACAUUACAAAAUAAUGCUGAAAUGACUACUGGUGGUUUUGUUGGCAAAAAUCCUGAAAAUUGUACAAAAAAUACAAAAUAUGAAGAUAAUUAUACUGGUUCUCAAAGAAGUACUUAUAAGUUAGGAAACUCUGAGAGUAGUAAACCAAGUACAGGGGUCACAGCUGAUAUUCCGAAGGAUGGCGGUGAUUUACCAUGUGCUGCUGAUCAAAGCAAUAAGUAUCCUGAGUCAUGUACCCAGUAUGUAAGGGAGGAAAGCACACAAAUUAAAGAGUGUAUAUCAGAUUUAACAUGUUUGGAAGUCAUGAAAGCUGAGGAAACAUGCUGUAUUCAAUCUUCAGAUAAAGAACAAUUACCUUCUGGUAAGAUGGAGCAAAAUAUAAAAGAUUUUAAUAUAUCCUUUCAGACUGCAAGUGGGAAAAAUAUCAGAGUCUCUGAAGAGUCAUUAAGUAAAAGUGCAGAUAUUUUAAAUCAAGAGACAGAUGAAUUGAUCGUCUUUUCAGAUCCUUUGAGUUCUAAAUUUCAUUGUGUCAUAAAUAAGAACAAAAUGGAUAUUUCAUGUCACAAGGAAACUACCAGUAUUAAGAAGGUAUUCAAAGAACAUUUCCCACUUGGGACUGUCGGUCAGUUACCAACUCUUCAGCAGCAUCAUGAAUAUGAAAUAGAAAGUACCAAAGAACCUACUCUAUUAAGUUUUCAUACAGCUAGCGGGAAAAAAGUCAAAAUUACACAGGACUCUUUGGACAAAGUAAAGGACCUUUUUGAUGAGACACAAUAUGUUAGGAAAACCACCAGUUUUAGUCAUCAAGGGUCAAAACCCUUGAAGGACAGAGAGAACUUCAAAGAAGGGCUUACAUUAGCUUGUGAAACAAUUGUUGAAAUCCCUGCCUCAAAGAGUGAAGAGCUGCAGGAGAACAGCUUUGGCUCUAAAGAGACUGGAGUGCCACCCAAGCAAAGUGAUGAUUUGUAUAGGCAGACUGAAAAUCUCAGAACAUCAAAUAGUACCUCUUCUAAUGAAAUAGAAAAAAGUCUUACAACCUCCUUCAUUAGGCAGUUGUCUUCCUCAGUCACUGAAGAUCGUGCUUUGGCAUGUGACACAGAACACGGCAGGAAAAUUUGUGUCACUGAGUUUUCUCUACCCAAAGGCAGAAAACAGCUUAGAGAAGGACUGGGGGAUAAAUCUGAAAGAAAAAAUGCUGCAGAAAUUGACUGUGUAAAGGAACACACUGAAGGCUCUGCUGGAAAUGCCUCAGAUGAGCAUAGUUCAGACCGCAUUAGAAACGAAGUUGGUACAAACUGUGUGUCUGAAAAUCAAGCUUCAGCCCGCUUUAGUGACCCUGGCGUGUCUCGCAGCUGUCCAUCCCAGUCUAGUUUUUAUCACUCCAAUAACAUGCAUAAUGAUUCAGGGUAUUUCUCAAAAAAUAAAAUUGAUUCUGAUACUCAGCCAGACAUGAAGAAUGCUGAAGACAGUGCCCUUUUCUCCAAUGUGUCUGCUACAGAAGAAGUAAGUACAUACCCACAAACUGCAAAGGAAAAUACUUGUGUUCAGAAACUUGAGACUAACUCUUCACCCUGUGCAAAAAGAAGCGUAGCCAUUGAGAUGGCUACAGGAGAUUCAAGAAAUUUUCAGGUAAGCUCACCUAUGGUCAUUACAUCUUAUUCACAAGAAACUGUAAAAACAGUGAAAGAGAUUUUCACAGACAACCAUAAGACAAUUAAACAAAACACAAAGAGUAAACCAGAUACUUGCCACACAAGCUGUCAUGAAGUAUUGGAUAAUUCACUGGAUUUUAUACGUCCUAGCUCUUUAGAUGACAACUAUAUAAACUCACAUAAGACCUUUGUUUAUACCCAGAAAGAACAAAUUUUACAGCAUAAUAACCAAAGUGUGUCUGGACUGGAGAAAGCCCAAAUGCAACCUGUUAAUUUGGGAACUUGGGACACAUGUAAAUCUGUAAGGGAACUUCCCCAGGCAGCCUGUCCUUCACGCACUUACGGCAUUUUUAGCACAGCAAGUGGAAAAGCUGUGCAGGUAUCAGACGCUUCAUUAGAAAAGGCAAGGCGAGUGUUUUCUGAGAUGGAUGGUGGUGCUAAACCUUCCACGGUGCCUCUGGAAAGUAAUGAACAGUCUGAUCACUCUGUGAGAAGCAAGAGCUCUGUGGUGAAGAAUCCCGAGGGUAUGUCGUCACUCCCCAAAACCUUCACGAGCAAUGUCAGUUCACCGGUGUUCUCUGGAUUUAGUACAGCAGGUGGAAAACGGGUCACAGUCUCAGAAAGCGCCUUACACAAGGUUAAAGGAAUGUUAGAGGAAUUUGAUUUGAUCAGAACUGAACAUACUCUCCAACAUCCACCUACAUCUGAAGAUGUAUCAAAACUACCUCCUCAGUCUUGUGUUGAAAAGAGAACCCCAGAAUAUCCUGUAAACUCGAAACUGCAGAAAACCUGUGAUGGUAAAUUCAGUUUACCAAAUAACUAUAGAGAAAGUGGUUCUUUGGGUGACACUCACGCUAUUGAAGUUUUUCCCCAACUCCCUCCGCUUAAGGAAGACACACAGUUGGUAUUAGGAACCAAAGUGUCCCUUAAGAAGGCUUAUCUUCUGGAAAAGGAACAACCCUUACCUCAAACCAUAGAAGCAGAAACUGAUAAAAUGGGAGCUUCUGAUGUUCCUGUGAGAACAAAUGUAGGAGACGGUUGUACCUCCACUAAAGAGCCGGAGAACUAUUUUGAAACAGAAGCAGUGGAGAUUGCCAAAGCUUUUAUGGAAGAUGAUGAGCUGACGGAUUCUGAACCAAGUCAUGUCAAACACUCACUGUCUACCCACCCCCAAAACGAGGCUUUGUUCAAUUCGAAAACUAGGAAAAGAAGAGUGGCUGUUGAUGCAAUUGGACAACCGCCAAUCAAAAGAAGCUUAUUAAAUGAAUUUGACAGGAUAAUAGAAAAUAAAGGGAAAUCCUUAAAGCCUUUAAAAAGUGCUCCAGAUGAUUGCGGUUUUUUAGGCACAAUGAAAGACAGAAGAUUGUUCACGCACCACAUGUCUCUAGAGCCAGUGACCUGUGGACCCUUCUGCUCAAGUAAAGAGAGGCGAGAAACUCAGAGUCCUCAUUUCACUGCACCAACUCAAGGACGGCUGUCUCAAGGGCAUCCUGGGCAUUGGGCUCUGGAAAAACCUCCAAGCCAUCCUACAGCUUCACUCCUCCCAACUCACAAAGUUUCUGCUUCAAGAAACGAAAGGACAAGAUGCUCAGCCACAGGCAGAUCCACCACAGUCUUCGUCCCCCCUUUCAAGAUGAAAUCGCAGUUUCACAGAGAUGAACAUUGGAAUAGCAAGAGUAUCCGUGCAGAGGGAAAGAACCACAAGAGCAUAGAUGGGGACGGUGAAGAUGUGAGUGACAGUGACAUUCGUCAGUGUGACAAAGGAAGCUUCCAUCAAGAGGCCACAGAGUGUGAGGAAGAGCCUUUAGAUUUAAUGGCAAGCCUUCAGAAUGCCAGGGACCUGCAGAAUAUGCGAAUUAAAAAGAAAGAAAGACAUCAUCUCUCUCCACAGCCAGGCAGUCUGUAUCUCACAAAAUCAUCCACCCUGCCUCGGAUCUCUCUGCAGGCCGCAGUAAGAGGCCGUGUUCCUUCUGCAUGUUCUCAUAAGCAGCUCUAUAUGUAUGGCGUUUCUAAAGAGUGCAUGAACAUUAACAGCAGAAACGCUGAGCAUUUUCAGUUUGACAUUCAGAAUUACUUUGGUAAAGAAGAUGUGUGUGCUGGAAAGGGCAUUCAGUUAGCAGACGGUGGAUGGCUGAUCCCCUCCAAUGACGGGAAGGCUGGAAAAGAAGAAUUUUAUAGGGCUCUGUGUGACACUCCGGGUGUGGAUCCAAAGCUUAUUUCUAGUGUCUGGGUGUCUAAUCACUACCGCUGGAUUGUAUGGAAACUGGCAGCUAUGGAAUUUGCUUUUCCCAAAGAGUUUGCUAAUAGGUGCCUAAACCCAGAAAGAGUGCUGCUUCAACUAAAAUACAGAUACGAUGUGGAAAUUGACAGCAGCAGCAGGUCGGCUCUCAAGAAGAUCCUGGAAAGGGAUGACACAGCCGCAAAAACGCUCGUUCUCUGCGUUUCUGAUGUCCUUUCACUAAACACAAGUGGACCUGAAGCCUCAGUCAGUGAAACUCGUGCAGAUCCCAAGAGUGUAGACACUGUCGAGCUCACAGACGGAUGGUACGCUGUCAAGGCCCAGCUAGACCCUCCCCUUGUAGCUCUGGUAAAGAGCGGGAGACUGACUGUGGGCCAGAAGAUCAUUACCUACGGGGCAGAGCUAGUGGGCUCCCCAGAUGCCUGUGCACCUCUGGAAGCCCCAGACUCUCUUAGGCUAAAGAUUUCUGCCAACAGCACACGGCCCGCUCGCUGGCACAGCAAGCUGGGGUUCUUUCGUGAUCCCAGGCCUUUCCCGCUGUUCCUGUCUUCACUGUUCAGUGAUGGAGGAAGUGUUGGCUGUGUGGACAUCAUUGUUCAGAGAGUGUACCCUUUGCAGUGGGUGGAGAAGACAGCAUCUGGAUUGUACAUAUUUCGUAAUGAGAAAGAAGAGGCAAAGGAAGCAGUGAGAUUUGCAGGGGACCAGCAGAAGAAACUGGAGGCCUUGUUCACUAAAAUCCAGGCAGAGUUUAAAGACCAUGAAGAAGACACAGCACAGCGGUGUGUGCUGUCCCGUGCACUCACAAGGCAGCAGGUCCAUGCUCUGCAGGACGGUGCAGAGCUCUAUGCAGCAGUUCAGAGUGCACCCGACCCCGAUCACCUUGAGGGUUGUUUCAGUGAAGAGCAGCUGAGAACCUUGAACAACCACAGACAAAUGUUGAACGAUAAGAAACAAGCACAGAUCCAGUCAGAAUUCCGGAAGGCCUUGGAGUCUGCUGAGCAAGAGGAGGGCUUAUCAAGGGAUGUUACCACAGUGUGGAAGCUGCGUGUUACAAGCUACAAGAAAGAAGAACAGUCAUCUCUGCUGAGUAUCUGGCGCCCAUCAGCAGAUUUACACUCCCUGUUAAUGGAGGGAAAGAGAUACAGAAUCUAUCAUCUUGCAGUAUCGAGAUCCAGGAGUAAAUUUGAACGAGCUAGCAUCCAGUUAACAGCUACGAAAAGAACUCAGUAUCAGCAGCUACCGGCUUCCCAGGAGACCUUACUCCAGGUUUACCAGCCCCGGGAACCUCUUCACUUCAGCAGACUGUCGGAGCCAGCCUUUCAGCCUCCUUGCUCUGAAGUGGACCUCGUAGGAGUUGUUGUUUCUGUUGUAAAAGCAGUCGGUCUUGCUCCUUUGGUCUACCUGUCAGAUGAGUGCCUUAAUUUAUUAGUGGUAAAGUUUGGGAUAGAUGUUAAUGAAGACAUAAAGCCACGUGUGCUAGUUGCUGCGAGCAACCUCCAGUGGCACCCAGAAUCCAGAUCAGUAGUGCCGACUUUAUUUGCUGGGAAUUUUUCCGUAUUUUCCACCAGUCCAAAGGAGGUCUACUUUCAGGAGAGAACCAACAGAAUGAAGCAAGCUAUUGAGAAUAUCGAUACAUUUUACAAGGAGGCAGAAAAGAAGCUUUUACAUCUGCUUAAUGGAGACAGUCCCAAACGGUCUACCCCGACUAAAGACUCCACUCUGCUGGCUUCCACCUGCCCUGCUGCAGAACCCACUCCCACAGGUAGUCAGAGGUUUUCACCUAACAGUGAGCAAAAUUAUCAAAGUCCAUUAUCACAUUGCACACCAAAAGAGAAGUCUAUACCCCUGGCUCAGUCAGCCCAGCCAGCUUCAAAGUCUUGUUACGGGGAGAGAGAAAUUGAUGACCCAAAGACCUGUAGAAAAAGAAGAGCCUUGGAUUUCCUGAGUCGGCUGCCCUUACCUCCCCCGGUGAGUCCCAUCUGUACCUUUGUCUCUCCGGCUGCACAGAAGGCUUUUCAGCCGCCACGGAGGUAUGGGACCAAACACGCAACAGCUCAGAAGAAGAAAGAGCCCGGUUCCCCUCAGAGGACACCGUGUCAGAAGGCCAGCGGCCUUUCUCUUUUGGAAUAUGAUUCAGUAGCUGAUGAAGAGCUUGCCUUGCUCAGUACCCCAGCCUUUUUACCUGGCUCAUCAGAAGGAAAUGAACAAGCAUUUCCUGGUGACUCCACAAGGACCCCUGUGCCCCAAGGACAAAAAGACCCCAGCUAGCACAGAGGCCAGAGCAGCAUGGAGGACCCAGAUGCAGCCGAGUCUCAGCCUCCCAGUUGGUAAAGUGUGUGCAGAGACAAGACAUAAAUGACAGCACAUUGCUGACGGUUUGUUUACUGUACAGAUGUUCCGCCUGCUUCUGUAUUUAUCUAACUAUUCAGAUGUCUAAAGCUAGCCAGAUAGUAACUAACUUAAAGAUCUUUACAUCUUUGUCAUUGGAUUUGAUCACUACAAGCAUAUUUUACAUGCAGAAUAAACACACCUUUGCUUUUU